CACUCCUCGAAUAAUCCUUUCAAUAAUUUGACGUAUGGAUACACUACCUACGGAACUCGUCACUGACGUCCUCAUCUAUCUCGCUAUCCCAGUCCUCUGGCGUCUCCGCCGAGUCUCACGAGCAUGGAAGGAAAGUACAGAAAUUGCACUUGCAACCCGUUUGCGAACGCUUUACGGCAUCGACCCGUCCAGCGCUCGCCCGAAACCAUUGGACACCCUUAUCAUCCUUGACACUGCCAUUCUCCUCACAAGUGGAACACAUCCCGCCUCAAAUCACAGAAUCACUUAUCCAGUGUUUGGAAGACCGGUCGUAAGUUGCAACAGCAUGGAAUUAGCGGUUCGAUCAGUGGACCUUGACCGCAAAUGUGUGGAGUUGAUCCCAGUUGAGUCACCUGUGGUGAACCUAGUCCGUGAUGUUGCACUGGGGAGAUACGAAUGGUGUGCAAAAGGUGCUGUACGAUCCGGGGGUAAAGAAAGGACGUCCAGUCAAGAUGUGGUGAUCCAGUCUCAUCCUUUCACACUCGUCGCACCCGACAUGGACCUCCGAAACGAGAUACAAGACAAUUCCAAUCCAUCCGCCACUUCAACCUUGUCAAAUUACGAAUUCCAGCUCAUCUAUUCUGCAAUCGACACAACGGCCGAGUCGAUAGCAUCGUCCGUCACCACCUUAUCACUUCGCAUUCAUUCCCUUAUAAUUUCCUACACAUAUCUCUUUUACCUCCUUUCUCCUCAUCCACCAGAUCCAGCAACUCGAAUAUCCAUCUUCCCACCAGACCGUGUCAGACUCCUCCAAAACGCAUCUGCAAUGGCAGGACUGACGUGGCAUCACAAGUAUUACACAUUCGACAUUGUGCUGCACUGGUUGGCAUCGGAAGAUGGGUCGGAAGCCGACGUGGAUCCCGUUGCUGUCGUAGAGUAUUUAAUGGAGUAUGAGAAAGUGAUGGAGAAUAGGCGGCAGAGAGUUGUGAAAAAUCGGGGGAGGUUUUUAAGAGUCCCGUCGUGAUGUAGAGUGUAGAGUGCAGGUAGGGCUUUGUAAUUUAUAGUGCCGUUGUAUAUAGUUUUCAAGUAGGUAGUGAUUUAAAUAGAUGGUGGGAAAGGAACUGUUGGAUUGAAUAGUUCAUGCUAGAGGCCACAAAAUCAUAUUGGAUAGAUG